GGAGGUGUGGAGCUAGCACUGUCCCUGCCACCUGUUCUGGGACCAGGAGCACUGUACCUUUCAGCAUCCCUCUGCUGUGGGCACCAGCCACUGGCAACCAAGCCACCCAGAGCGCCCUGGGCAGAGGACUGGCAAGCAUUGGCAACACUGGUUUUGGGGGGCUGCCCAGGAUGUGGGGCGCGCAGAGCAGCUGAAAGGCACAGGGCAGGCUGGGGAGGACGCUGACCCUCUUCUCAACCUUGCUACCUGUGUGUACAGAUCAGCAGGUGCCAACCGUGCCACCCUGGCAACAGGUACACUGACCUGGCAAAGACCCCCGUGUGGACCCUCUGCAUGACUGUGGACCAACCCAGCGAUUGUGCUGCUCGUGUCUUGGACCCCCCCCGCUCCCCCGACACCGAGACCCCCUUCCAGCGUACAGACCUAGGGCUGUCGCCAAUAAAUAUGGGCCACGCACCGUAAGGUCUGUGAAGAAAUGCAGAGACACUGCUCCCAUUAAGAGCGGAGAACGAGCUGUGCUUUCCACUGAACUGGUUCCGCUGGAUAGAAACGGAUUGACUCAAAGAUCAGCUCAUGCCUUGGGGUGAUGCCCUGUGCCCUCCUGAGACCCCAUCACCCUGUGCGCCAAGACUGACUGGACACUACCCAGGGGCAAUCUGACAUUUCCAUUUAUUUUUUAUUACAUUUUAUAAUUUGUGGAGCGUUGGGACAGAGUGGAGAUUCCCGUGGUGAUCUCCGAAUGCCGCAGGAACGGCCGGGUAAAUUUCCCAUCGCUGGGUUCCUGUGUUUAGGGGGCAGAUCUGUGCUAUGCAUUGGUCCCUCUGGUUUUUACCUCUCAGCCUGUUCACCUGCUGCACUGAAGGUACUAUCCGAUCAGACGCCCAGACGGUGGUUGGCCGCGUAGGGGAGAGCGCGGUGCUGGGGUGCAGCCUGCUCCUCCAGGACGCGGGGCGCCCUCCUCUCUAUGUCAUUGAGUGGGUGCGCUUUGGUUUUACCCUUCCGAUCUUUAUCAAAUUUGGUCUGUACUCCCCCCGCGUGGACCCGCAGUACUUAGGUCGGACUCGGAUCGAGGAAGGGGCCUCUCUUCGUAUAGACGCUCUGCGCUCGGAUGACCAGGGAUGGUAUGAGUGCAGAGUGCUCUUCCUGGACCGUCACCAUACCGACGAGGAUUUCCAGAACGGCACCUGGAUCCACCUCACUGUAAACUCCCCGCCCAGUUUCCGUGAGACCCCGCCCAUGUACGUGGAAGUGCGAGUGGGAGACACCCUGACCCUCACAUGUGUGGCCUAUGGGAACCCUCAGCCGGUCGUCUUGUGGAAAAGAGAUGAUGUCAUCAUAGAAAGUGGGGACAAGAUUCAGGUAAAUAAUGGCUCAUUGCGGAUUGUUAGCGUGGAGCGAGUCAACGCAGGAAUUUACACGUGUCACGCGGCCAGUGAAGAAGGGGAAGUCAUGCACACCAGCCGCGUGCUAGUUCAAGGACCCCCAACUAUUGUCAUCCCCCCUGAGAAUACGACUGUUAAUGUCUCCCAGGAUGCCUUUCUAACCUGCCAGGCCGAGGCCUACCCAGCUAACCUCACCUACAGCUGGUUCCAGGGAAACAGCAAUGUUUACCUCCUAAGUCGUCUCCAGUCCAGGGUACGCAUUCUAGUGGACGGGAGUUUGCUGCUCCAGCAGGUCACGCCAGAAGAUGCUGGGAAAUACACCUGCAUUCCUAGUAACGGGAUGUGGAAAUCGCCCUCGGCCUCCGCCUACCUCACUGUGCUGCAUCCUGCCUACGUUACAGACAUGCCGCCGGAGACCUUCUUGCCAAUUGGAAUGCGAGGGGUGAUUAGAUGCCCUGUUCGGUCCAAUCCACCUUUGCUGUAUGUCAACUGGACAAAAGAUGGAGUUCCACUGGAACUGGAGAAGUUCCCCAGAUGGUAUUUAGAAGAAGACGGCUCUCUUGUAGUGACCACGGGAAAUGAUGAUGCCCUUGGUACGUACACUUGUACCCCCUACAACAGCUACGGUACGGCCGGAGUGUCUGCACCCACACAGGUCAUCCUUAAGGAUCCUCCAGCCUUCUCAAUUCUCCCUAAAGAGGAAUAUUUUCAGGAUGUCGGGAGAGAGCUAAUUAUUCCAUGUUCGGCAUUGGGAGACCCAACCCCCGUCAUCAGUUGGGCGAAGCUAGGGGCUCCGGGGCGAAGUACUGCUCAGAUGGAUGGUAACAGCAGUCUGAUAUUUAGACCGCUCACUAAGGAUGACCAUGGAACGUGGGAAUGCAGCGCAGCCAAUAAUGUUGCUAGAAUCAGUGUUCCAACCUCCGUCUACGUGCUGGGUACGAGCCCCCAUGCAGUGAGCCGAAUCUCUGCUCAGGCCUUGGUGUCUGCUGUUAAUGUGUCCUGGUUGCCCGGAUAUGAUGGAGGUUACUUCCAGAGGUUCAGCGUCUGGUAUGCCCCACUGGUGAAGAGUAUGACGCGUGGUCAUCAUGAGUGGCUGUCCCUCGCUGUAGCCGCUGACGCCAGUCACUUGCUGGUACAGAAUCUCCAAGCGGACACUGUUUACCAGUUCAGCGUCCUGUCCCAGAAUAAGCUAGGCAGUGGGCCAUUUAGUGAAAUAGUAUCUGCUUCCCCUCUCAGUUCCCCACCAACCACCUUACCCCCUCCUAUCCCCACCACAGACCCGCAAGACAUCUUGUCCCCUCCACGUUACCUAUUUGCCAAUGAGACGUCACGCGGUGUUCUGCUGCAGUGGGCUCCCCCUUUGCGUUUCUCUCUGCCCCUCCGUGGUUACGGCUUGGAGGGUAGGAGGGACGAGGGAGCUUGGGAACUGCUGGAUGAAUCUAUUCCUACAUCUCAGACCCAGCUACUUGUUCCUGGACUGGUUAAGGACGCUAUGUACGAGUUCCGUCUCGUUGCGUUUGCUGGUGAUUACAUCAGUGACCCAAGUAACUCUGUAAACAUCUCCACUGCAGGAAUGAAAGUAUAUCCAUCUCACACCGAGCUCCCGGAGGUUCAACAAAAGCCUCUCCUGGCUGGCGUGGUGGGAGGAGUCUGUUUUCUGACCCUUGCCAUUAUCCUGAGCACAGUAGCAGCCUGUAUGAUGAACAGACGUCGCGUCAGGCGUCGCCAGAAGCGCAGACAGCAAGAUACACCAAUGGUCUUCUCACAACCCAAGAACGCUUCUCCUUCACAAAAUUCUCAUGGUUCUGGCAGCCCCGACAGUCUCAUGAGAGUCAAACUUCAAGUAUCCCCUUAUGAGAGUUUCCGGAGAUCUAUACAGUUAGGAGACAAGUCUGGAAAUGACCUGAUGUUGGGCCAUCGGGGCAGUACAAGUGGAAAGUACACUAUUUAUGAGAGCCAUGUUGGAGAGUCCAUACCAUUGGAAAGAAUAAGUCGGGGACCCGAUGGGCGUUUUGUGGUGGAGACAGAGACACAACCUUCCAGAGGGAGCAUCAGAGGCUUCCCCUAUGUGACGGAAACAGACCUCUACCCAGAAUUUAAUGCCAGGCACUCAUCAGACCUUAGCCAGUGCUCACAAGCCAAGACAUACCUGCAGGUUUGCCAGCUUUCAGAUAGGAGUGCAGAGUCAUGUUAUGAUGAGGUGAAGAUGAGACCAAAAGCAGCAGGUCAAUCACGCAAAGAGGCUCGAGAUUCUGGCUAUCGCCAAGGAAGGUAUUUUGGAUGCAGUAGCAGCCCAGUUGAUGAGGCCAAACCCUUCAGAAUUCCAGAUAUCAGUCCCGUAACAUCUUCAGUGACUCUUCCUUAUGGUAAGGUGGAGGAGCCACGAUGCAGAGAAUCGGCUCACCUUGAAGGUAAUUUGGAGAGGACUAUUUCCACACUCAGGGGUUCAGAUCAUGAUGUUUUCUCAACAUUAAACAGUGUUUUAAGACCACCUUCCUCAAUGCUGCAGCAACCCCUUGGAGUCAGUGAUCAAGUGAGCCAGAUGAGACACAGCUUGUCGACUCAAAGUGGCAUUCUUCAAUACCUCAGCCUUCCUUUCUUCAAGGAGAUGAGUGUGGAUGGAGACUGGCCUGCUGAAAAUGAAGAACACCACAAUGGAACCUCUGAGACCAGCUCUUCAGAAGCUACAGAGCAGGAAGCCACAAAAACAAUGAGUCUGGAAGAUAGGACUUUGAUGGACGUAGAUGGAACAAGCGGAGUUCGGAAGGAGGAGAUUCACUGCAUUCCCCACAAACUGUUACCUCUUGAAUACUUGAACAGUAAACAAGAGCAGUUGGUGCCUAUCAAAUCUUAUCUAAAACCACCAGAGCCUAAUCUGGGGCCUGCAAAGGCUGUUCUGCCUGGCAGCCUGCAAUGGACACAUCCUCUAGAAAGCACUGAACGUUUAAAUGUAGGUCAAAGAGCUCACUGGGGUCUGGGUGAGCUUCCCAUGGACAGUAGAGUUGAGAAACCUCUCUCUUCUCACUGCAGAUGUCCUCUGAAGGACCAACCUCUAUCAGUGUUCACAGACUUCCAGGCCUUGGAAAAGCAGAGGCUGCCAGUUGAUAAAUCUCUGUUUCUGCACGGCUCGGAGAAGGUGAUGAGAAGCAGUCUCACCAGUCAGAGCAGUGGCAGAGGGAGUGUCUCUUUCUUAAGGCCCCCCUCAUUGGCACAAUCUGUGGGGGGCAGCUACCUCAAUUCACCAUUAGGUGAAACCUCCAGCUGGAACAGUGGUGGGGGGUCCCAGGGCUCUAGUGCUGAGGACUACAGACACAGAAAGGACUCCUUAUUGGCCACCAUAAGCAACAGGAAUACAUCCGUGGAUGAAAAUUACGAGUGGGACUCAGAGUUUACCCUAGAAGCUGACCUGAUGGACGCCCUACAGAUAUACCGCAGCAGUAAUGGUGGACGACCAAUCUCCACAAUUGCCUCUGAAGAGGUGGAAAGGCAAAGUGCAAAGCUUCCUUUAGAGGCAGACUCUUCCCCGGCUGGAUCGGGGUCAACGGACGCCCUGGAUUCCCACCACACGCAGGUGCUGUCUAGCCCGGAGGAGCGUUGCGCCGCUCUGAAGGAAGAAUUUUUAGAGUACCAGAGACGCCGGCGAGCGGCAAUGAAAGGACACAGAAGAAGCAAAAACUAUUCAGAAUGUUAUGAGCAAGCGACACUGUUAUGACGUCCUUCCUGAUGCGCAGUUGCGCACUACAAGACCAGAAGGGACACUGUAACUGGGCAGGCAUUGCCAGGUGGAUUUUACCCACUUUACUGGGUAUCAGGUUUACAAGGGACCUGCUAACUAUACAUCAGGGUUUCCAGAUCAGCCAAUCAAAUGCUUACUUACAGCUCCCGAACAUGGCGCAGUCAGUCCCCAUAUGUCUUUGUGCACAAUCAGACAGGUUUCUAGCCGUACCCAGAUCAUUUUACCUCCAUUUUGGAGAAGUAUCACUAAUUUCUCUUCCUAUAUAGGUCUCUGCAAUAAAAAGGCCAGAGAACUAAGUUUUAAAAGAUCCAGCUGGUAUACGUUAAAGGACACUAAUGCGUAAACGUAAGGUGUUCUUUUACAAAAGCACACAUUUAGAAAAGAGAAUUUUAUGUAAAAGUUAUGGAUCUGCUCUAUCUUUUACUUUUAUCCCUCCAGGAAUGGUCCAUUUUACAGCAGAGGGGAACGUUGAUUUUUUUCUUAUUUGUGUGAGUUUUUUUUUUUUAUUUGUUUCCCUGAUAAAGCCACCAAGCAGUCAAUUUGAACAUAGAAAAACCCCUGUGUCUCUCCUUGCAGAUAUCACUCUCUCUUUUCUUUGUUAGUGGUUCCCAACGCAGUAUUCAAUGUACACCAACUGCCCAGGAUUUAGGUAUACUAACCAAAUCUGGACCCAUGGUGAGCUUUGAUGACUGGAUUGGUGAUUACUGGCCAACAGUCCAAGCCUUCCUGCUGCAGUAACGUAUAUUAGAGGUACAUCUCGUAUGCUUUACCUAUGUUUUUAAUAUCUGUGUGUUAUUUUGUAUAUAAUCAUUUACUAUUUAGGAAUUGUGGCCCAUAAAAAACGGAGCUCUCAUCAUGUUUUUAAUUUCAACGUUUAAGGAAAAAAUGUGUUGGAUAAAAACCUUCCAUUUAAAUAAUGACGCAGAAAGUACUGUUUUGAGCAAAUUAAAGGCUGCCCAGAGUGAUUUCACGAGUCAAACUCUGUGAUACUGCAGUAAGUGCUUCUAGUGGCUGUCUGUAAGACAAUCACUAGAGGCAGUGUUAACAUGUUUGAGAUUGCAGGGUUAAGAGGACAGGGACACUGCACCCAGACCACUUCAAUGAGAUGAAGUGUUCUGGGUGCCUAUAGUGUCCCUUUAAUACAGCUGUGUCAUUUUAGAGUAUUUGAUAACAUAUAAUCUCUAUGAAAAGCUAAUUCGGCUGCAUAAACAUGAGACAAAGUAGGGAUUUUGGUUAAAAUGUGGCAAUGAGCGUAGUUUCCACCUUCACUUGCAACAACUGAUGGGAACAUAUAUUCUCAAGGACUAAAUGCUGAUGCCAUCGUAUUGUACGAGAAUAUCUACAGAGAAUCCCAUAGAUCUUCUCGCUCUUCUUCCUUGGUGUUUUGUGUGUGGAAUGUGCACUUUUUAAAAAAAUUUAUAACACGCACAUUUAUCCCAAAAUGUUUUUGGCUGUUUUAGUGGAUGACAUCACAUUUAAAGAAAAAUAGAUGCUGCUUAAAAUAGAUACAUUGUAAAAUGCCAUAUCUUAUUCGCCAUAAAAUGCACCAAAAUAGAUAUCUUCUAAUACAAUAAAACAAUGUCUACAACUGAACAGGUGGCCGAUAUUUCUUAUUUGUCCCAAAAUAAAAUAGCUUACUUCAAUUCUGUGCAUAUUUGUAUGCACAGAAUUGCAAUAGUAGGCUGAAAGCGGUCAGCUGACACUGUCAGCCAAUGAAUAGCCGGUGGGAUUGAAAUUCGACCUCUGCAGUUGCCAGAUGUUGUCAUUGGCCACAGGAGGACCCUCAGUGCCUGACCGUGACCAGGAUAAGAGUGCAAAUUGUUGCAAAACGUUUUGCCCAAUUACCAGGAAACGAGGGCAGGGUGCUCCUUACACCAUAACCACUACAAUGGGCUGUGAUUAUGUUGAUGCUUUAAAUAACCAUUACGCAGCACCAGUACAUUUUUUUUU